AAGCAUUAAACAAUGAUCUCCUAUUGGAUGAUUCCCAACAUUAAACGUCAUCUGUUUCACUGACUAUUUCGGUAAGGAGAAAGAAGUUGUUGGUCACAGUGUGUGCUGCGAGAAGAUAUGUCGUUUGUUAGUCAUGCUCCUUUAAUAAUAUUUUAAGAUUUUGGAACGUUUCCUAUAAGCUCGGACUCGGAUUUUAUUCAAAUCAAACUUUGUACUUUUCGAAUUUUGCUCAAGUGUUAAUCUGCCCUAUAAUUCCUUUUAAUACUGAUAUCAGGAGCCCAUCACGGGUUCCUGUGGAUAUUCAUUUUAAAUUGAACCUCGUACCUUUGUACACGGUUCUUUGUUCGAUGUUCUUUUGUACUGAACUUUGUACUUUUCAACUUUUGCCCAUGUGUUAAUCUCUCCUUCCAUAAUUUCUUCUGUUAGAUGUUCAUUUUAAAUUGCACCUGGUCCUUUUGCACUUGUGUUCUACUUCUUUUCAGUGGGAGGUUCUCACGGCUGUCAGUCACUAAGUGUAACAAAUAAAUCGCGAUAGUAAGUAGGAUUUUUAAUUAAGAAUCGUAAUUUCGAAAAGAAUAAUUCAAGCACCUUUGUGUAUAGGCAAGCUAUAUAUUACAAAUGAUUUUCGAUUUCAUCGUUGUUUGCAUUGAUACAUUUAUGGUAUCGACGAUCACAAGUAAAGUUAUGAAAAACUACUCAGUUCAGUGGAACCAAGUCCUGUUUCAUUCUUGAUGUCCGUAAAGAAGACCAUUCACUAUCAGGAGCCCAUGUUACUGUUAGAUCUCCGUCUACCAGGAAAUCGUUACGAGUUUGCUUGCCCGCAAGGCAUAUGGUGCUCUACAGAGCGAAGUUCCCACAGGUUUUUGCUUGUUCCCCGCACUCGGCACACAUCUCCAUCUGAGAGUACAAAUGGGUAUAGGUACCAGUUCCCUGGUCCACAUGCGCCGUUUUAUUUCGCCGGUGAAGGGUGAGAAAUAGGGAGCGCAGUUAGGCAGCGACAGCAUAGCAACUGGCUUAAAGCUCUACGCGCGCGGUACUCCAACCAAAGAAGAAAGCCUAGGGAUGAGGCAGGGGCCGGCAGGGGUCCCGGAGGGGCCAUUCUAACAAAAUGCAAGGGGUAACUCUGCAGUAGACCAGGGGCCUAUCAGAGUAGACUAGCGCCGCACACUGUUGCUUUUUGCUGGGGAAACCGGCGGAAUGAUUAAGCAAAUAUUUGCCAACCUAUUGUAGUUGCCCUUUAAUUUUUCGACUCGCCUCGCGCAGCAAUCGUAGGCGCGGCAAUCGCUCGUGCUCAGCCCCCUUAAAAUCAAUGGUAGCGUUUCCUGACCGCUGGUGAAGUAGGACACGGGCUCAUGCCUCAAGUUUUACUCCCCUAACGCGCACUCUCGGAAAGGAAACGAUCAAAACCGAGCAUUUCACCCGGGACUGCACGAAUGCGAUAAGCCCAGUGUAAAGAAUGAUCCGAUCAAUGAGAUUGAAAUUUUCCAGACAAAUAGAUGAAGAAGGUAACAUCAUAAAUAUUCUUGUUCUUUGGCCAUAAUUUCGAUUUCGGAAGGAAAAGAAAGCAAACAGCGGUUACAAACAUUACAAAUAGACAACGCACGGUUUAAAAAACUUAACUGUAUUGACUUGACGUUUCGUGUUUAUCUGAACAUGAAUUGUUCCGCUGAUGAUCCGAUCAAUGAUGUGGGUCCACUCUGUUCGGAAUUCAUAAAAAGUGAUUUUCCAUCACCGCGAAAGCGUGAUGUUUGUCAUAUCCUGACAAGUGAUGCACAGAGAAGCUGUCGAUGACGAGAUAAGGGUUAUCAAAAUUCCCAGUUUGUCAAGACAAGAUGGCCCCGCGAAGGGCAAUUAGGAACGAACACGCUAUUAACUUCCUGAGAUGUUCCUAAUCUUUCAAUUUACCGCGGGUUUUCUUUUUGUUCUAGUGUUAAAACGUUGUUUCACCUUCAAAAAAACCAUGGAUAUUGUCCCUAGAGAUCGAAGAACAAAGCAAUACGGACGCGAUUUUGAGUUCAGAUAAUCAAAUUCAACCAAAUCAGCUCGUAUCAGUGAUAAAUGAACGUUUGGUAGUAGGAAUGUGAUGAAAGGGUUACGCUUUGGCGCAUUCUGUGGUGUCAGGUGUCCCUCGCCAUAUACAGGUUAUAUGGCAUGACAUUCCUACAUGAUGUCAUUCGGCGGAGAAGAGCGCGCGCGUACAGUAAGAAAUUAUCUUGUCGGCGAUCGCGGAGUUACUGUUUUGUGUGUUUGUCGCGUCCGAGAAGCUAUGAACAGUUGUUUAUACCAACUGGAGUAGAUUGGUGAAUUUAAAGGAAAAACUGUUUAACUAUUGAAAGAGGUGCGCUCGGCUGACGUAAAGGUGGACUAAUUGAAGUUACAUUUUGGAGCAAACUUCGAGAGUAUUGGUGAAAAGAUUACCAUAGGAAGUAUGAUUCCUCUGAAAAAGGCGCAGAAGAAGAGCAAAUCUGCGAAACACGACAAUCCCGAAAAACGGCUGAAAAACAAGACCAAACUUCCUCUCAAAAAGACGAACAGUGCCAGUGUAUCAGACACGCUCAACAAGCGGGUCGAUGUCACCAGAAUACGCAAUCGAAAGUCAUCUUGUCCGGAGAUACUACUUCACAAUACGGGACUCGAUGGCAAGGAACUUCCCGAGCUUUUCAAGCUGAUAAAGAUCGGCGAGGCCGACUUACAGUCGCUCGCCACGAAAGGGAUUUUUCCACUCCACGAAGCAGUGGCCAAGGGUCUUACGGACUGCGCUAAGGUGCUCAUUGAGAAGGCGACCACCAUAAACGUGCGGAAUGCCGAAGGAUUUUCGCCCUUGGAUGUAGCUGUGGAAACGGGGAAUUUUGAGUGCGCCGAGCUGCUGAUAAGACACGGAGCGUCUACUGAAGACAUCAGACAUGGUUUCAAAUUAAGGUCAAGGACUUUACGUAAGGUAUCCAGUUCUACCUAAACUCGUGCUAUCAAGAUUAUACAUAUGCCAAACAGUCGCUUUACGCGCAGUAUGUAUUACCCUAGUGGGGGGAGGGGGGGGAAUCCCAUGUAACAAGGACGGGGGUGCUCGUCGUACCU